AUGUCGCGCGCGUUCGACCUCGGCGCCCUCGCGCGGGCGCUGCCGAGGAAGACGAGCGCGUGCGUGAACCUCCUGCUCGCGGUGGCGAACAUGCGGGAGAACGAUCUCGAGACGUACGCGAAGAACGUGGACGCGGCGAUCGAGGCGUACGGCGAUCGAGCGAUCGUCUCGAUGAAGUUUAACACCCUGCGCGGACGGGGGUUGACGCUGCUCACGGAGGCGGUGAGAUGUCGAAAGGUUGAAUUCGUGAGGUUGUUGUUGACGCGGUACGACGCCGACCCGACGACGGCGGCGCUCGCGCGCGAUGGGUGCGCGCUCUCGUCGGCGCUGGAGAGUCGAGAGGGGUUUGAAGUGUUGAUUAAGGGCGGUGUUGAGGCUUGGCUCGGGGCGGAGUCGCUGGAGGGGUACGUGGAGCGGAAGCGCCCGGAUUUGCGCGACGCGUUGCGCGCGAGGCGAGCCGAGCAACUGGCGGAUGUCAGAGGACGGCGAUUAAUGGAGGUUGAGGAGAAGAGCGUUUCGAUCUCGCGUGAAGAGUCGGUAUCGCAGAGUACGAUACCGUACGACGCGCACGUCGCGACGACUGAGGUUGCGCUGCCGCUGACGAGCGAAGAAACUGGAAACUCGGAGACCACCUCGACGAGAGGCGACGAGGCGGAGGCGACGAGUAGUGCGCGAAAAGAAGAAGUGACGCUCGCGGAAAUUCGACGCAUCAAAGAGAGUCUUGCCGAGAUGGAAUUGAGAAUUCUUCAAAUCGAGCGAGAGGAAAUGAAUGCGCACGAGCUCCGGCGCAUCGAAGGAGAGCUCGUAGCGUUGAUCGACGAGCUAGAUGCCCUCUUCGAAGGACAACAGGCUCCCAAAAUCGUAAGCACGUAUCGGCGCGGAGCGAUCCAAUCAAUCCUACAAUUGCUUGAACAAGUUGACAAAUUGUUCAGGGUUGUAGGCGGAGACGAAGCGCCAGACGAAGCGCGGGAUACGGAAUCGUCGUCGACGCGGGAUACGGAUUCGUCGGCGGAAUAUAAAUAA